GGGAAGUGGAUGGGUGCAAGCCCACCCACAUCUGAAGGCCCCUCCCUCAGCCUAAGGGGGGAUGCCAGGGCUGUCGUCAUUCAAUUGGGACAGGGCUGUCAUCGGUCGGGACAGGGCAAGGCUAUCAUUGGUUGGUAGCAACAGGGGCUGUUAUCAGAGAAAUCAUCACCAUGUCAUCAACUCUGUUGCCCAAACCACAGAUGAGGGGCCUCCUGGGCAAACGUCUGAGAGUCCAUAUUGUAGGGGCAUUGAUUGCAUCCCUGGGAAGUGCAAUUUUGUACAAGUAUGGCGUGGCUGAGCCCAGGAAACGAGCAUAUGCAGACUUCUAUAAAAACUCUGAUGCCAUGAAGGACUUUGAGGCCAUGAGGGAAGCUGGUGUGUUUGAAAGUGUACAACCCAAAAACUCAUAAGCAGCAUAUAUAGAUCAUCUUCAAGGAGACUUGACAGCUUAAACUUGUUUCUUCAGUCAACUGUAAAAUGUGUAAUACACUUCAGUGGUGGGCAUGCUGUAGUGUAAUUCAAUAAACUAAAUACUUAAUGAAGCUUUA